AUGACACCUACUGUUAUUGAAGCAGUAAAGAAGUCACUUUCUUUUCGUCUUGGGCAAAUCUUCGAGCUCAAUCUUGGCAACAACUGCAAGAAUAUUACUCAUAUUGUUGUCAAAAUCAAGUCUGCCACUGAUUUUGAUGCUCUUUGCAUCCUCCUGGAGGGGGCUACCGAAGGGCAACCUCUACUGCGUACCCUUGUUUAUGUUCUGAAGAAGGAAGAUGCACAGAACAUUGCUCUGUACCUAAGGAAUCUGCUUCCUCCAAACUCGACUCUUCACUCCCAGAUCAAUUUUGCCAACUCUGCACAGGAUGCGGCAGCAAGAAUGAAGGCUAUACAAGAUUUUUGGAACGGAGUUGUGAAUAUAUUGGUUGCAACAGAAGUUGCUGGAAUGGGCCUGGAUAUUCGAGAUAUCGUUAGAAUAUACCACUUCAACAUUCCUAAUAGCGUAGACGAGGAUUCGUCAGAGAUCGCUGAUAAACCCCAAGAGUCACAGGACAUUGUCUCCAGGUCUCUAGGACCAUUGAAUGGCAUUGCGGAACCUACUGUAUCACUGAACGGCAUCACCAGACUUACAGAAUCGCAGGAGGGUGUCACCGAACAUUUCCAGCCGCACAAUACUGCUUUGCUCGAGCUUCAGGAAGAAGAGCCUGAGAAUGACCCUGAAGAUGAUCCUGAUGUGCAGCCGGGUGGCGAGGACGAAGAAGACAACGACUUCAAAUUGGAGGACCUGUUUGAGGGCUACUGUGGACCCGAGGUGCCUCCAACUCAGCCUGAACCAAGAGCAGGCAACCCAGCUGCUAUACCCACUACUAGAGGUAAAAAGAAGUCGAGAGAAAUUGAGAAGACUAUGUGCGAGUACGCACUAACAAAGAGAUGCCGCCACAAGAUAGUUGACGACUACUAUAAGAUUCCCCCUCGUUGUGAAGACACCAGGCACACUGCAUCUGUUGCUGAUACCCUUGCAAAUCUUACAUUGCCUUGCUGUGACAACUGCCUACAGUCACAAGACUCCUUGACUCGCUCUGACUUUGAAAAGGAGCUUGUUGCACUUAUAGAACACUUUGAAGACCGACUCAAGCCAGAUCCCUUGGCAGGCAAGAAGCGGCCUCGUCUUCCUUCUGGCUUGGGUCCUCACAAAGGAGAGCGACUCCAGAAAUGCGAACAUGCUCUCAAGAACUAUCGGGUCCUACUGCCUGACGAUAUUCUACAGAAACUCGCAACCCGUGCCAAUCUGCGCACUGUUCAGGCUCUCAUAGAUGACCUCAAAUGGGAUUUCGCUCCAAGAUAUGGCAAUGAAAUCCUCGAGCUGCUAAAGCCUAUUGACGAUGCAUGGAACAAGGAGCGGCAGGAAGAGAGAGAGCGCAAGGCAACCGUAAGGAAAGCUCAAAGUCAAGUGAACGCCAAGCAGCAUGGAGAAGAACGGAGACAACAGCAGCAUCAAGAAAUAGUGCAUAAGCGUACACGGACGCACAAAGCAUCCUCACAAGCCUUCAACUUGAGGUGGGCAACACCCAUCGUUGUUUCUGGACCGCCAGAGCCUGUCGCCCCACAACAUGCCCCUGCUAUUUGCACGAGUCUGUCUACUGCCUUCUCUUCUGCCUACAGUUCUACCGGUCCUUCAACUCCUGCCAUAUCUGACUCUAGCUUGCUUGCCUCUGGAUUCGCCCCUGUGUCUCUGGUUACACCAAUCUCGUCUGUUGCUUCAUUUCCACCUCAGAAAAGUGCAUCUAGAUUUGCUAUCGCAUCUGGAUCUGCAGCCUCAUCUGUGUCUCACAAUAAUUCCCCAGUCUUGUCACAACCGAAUGACUACUAUUAUUGCUGGGAGCAGUAUCAGCAACAUCUACAGGCUGCUGCCUAUGCCCAGCACCAAGCCUACCUUGCCGCCUAUGUCCAACAGCAAGCUUUCGCCACCAGCAAGCUCUAUCUGGCUCAGCCAUGGCCAAAACUGCCCCCGCCCCCACCGCAAUAA